GUGAUCCCGAACGGCUAGUAGUUUGAUUGAGCUUCAUUGAAAUUGUAUAGUGACAAAGAUCAAAAUGAGUGAAGAAGAGCUUGAAAAUAAAUCAAAUUACUUCUUUCAUAAAAGCUUGAAAGAUAUUUUAAGAAACAAUGAAAAACCUUUGUUUAGUUUAGGGGGAAGUGAUUCACAUGUUGAAACUGAUAAUUCUUCAAAACCUGGACAGAAUUCCAAGUCUCCUAAUGAAAAGACCUGUAGCGAAUCUUUAGGAAAUAACAAAAAAACAAAUAUUGUGGAAUUAAGAUCUUGGAAGGAACCUUUCUUUUUCUUCAAUAAUGAUAAUAGAUUAAAAGAUGGAGUUUUGUUCUUUAAAUGCGUUAACAACCAAAAUAAUCUACAGUAUAAUGAAGUCAGAAAAAAAUUGAAGCAGUCUAUCCGUCAUAAAAUGUCGAAGAGAAGGAAUUUAGCAGUCAAAAAGAAAUUCAAUAAAAAAAAUUUUAAGCAAUUUAUGUAUAAAAAAAUAAAGUAAUAGAUUAUAUAAAAACUAACUUAGUUUAUUUUUCAAUCACAUAUCUUGAUCUAUUUUAUAGAAAAAAAAUUAAUGAUAAAUUUUUACUUUCUAUAUACACUGACAGGCAAAAAAUUCCACCUACUUGAUUUUUUCAUGUUUUCAUCUAAAAAUAUUUCUGCUUUGGAUUGGUCUAUUGUUUUUAAUGAAUAAAUAGGUAAUCUUUUUGUUUGUUAUCAAUUAG